UUGGUGCUCACCUGUAUGGCAGAAGGGAGUUGGCCCCUGGAAUUCAAAUGGCUGCAUGACAACAGAGAGUUAACCAAGUUCUCACUGGAAUACAGGUACAUGAUCACAUCCCUAGACCGAACCCAUGCCGGCUUCUACCGCUGCAUUGUGCGCAAUCGCAUGGGAGCUCUGCUGCAAAGACAGACUGAAGUACAAGUGGCAUACAUGGGAAGCUUUGAAGAAAAAGAGAAGCAGCAGAGUGUCUCCCAUGGUGAAGCGGCCGUCAUCCGUGCUCCCCGCAUUGCCAGUUUCCCUCGUCCGCAGGUCACGUGGUUCCGCGAUGGGCGCAAAAUCCCUCCCAGCAGUCGCAUAGCCAUCACGCUGGAGAACACACUGGUGAUCUUGUCAACAGUAGCCCCUGAUGCUGGAAGGUACUAUGUGCAAGCUGUAAAUGACAAGAAUGGAGACAAUAAAACCAGCCAGCCCAUCAUGCUCACUGUGGAGAAUGUAGGCGGUCCAGCUGACCCCAUUGCUCCAACCAUCAUCAUUCCACCACGCAACACUAGCGUAAUCUCUGGUACUUCUGAAGUGACUCUGGAGUGUGUGGCCAAUGCUAGGCCACUCAUCAAACUGCACAUCAUCUGGAAGAAGGGCGGGAUUCCAGUAUCCAGUGGCAUCAGUGAUUACAACCGGAGGUUGACCAUCCUUAAUCCCUCCCUAAGCGACAGUGGCUACUAUGAGUGUGAAGCUGUGUUGCGCAGUGGCAGCGUACCCUCUGUGGUUCGAGGAGCUUAUCUCUCUGUGCUGGAACCUCCCCAGUUCACUAAGGAGCCAGAAAGACACAUCACAGCUGAGAUGGAGAAAGUAGUACAGAUUCCAUGCCAAGCUAAAGGUGUGCCUCCACCCAGCAUGUUCUGGUACAAGGAUGCAGUACUACUUGGAGUGGAGAAGCUUGCCCGCUUCAAGCUGCUUGCUAACGGGAGCCUGCAGAUCAGUGGCCUAAUGCCAGACGACACAGGCAUGUUCCAGUGUUUUGCCCGCAAUGCUGCUGGAGAGGUGCAGUCUUCCACAUACCUGGCCGUCACUAGCAUUGCGCCCAACAUAACCCGGGGGCCCUUGGACAGCACAGUGAUUGAUGGGAUGGCUGUGGUUCUCAGCUGCGAGACGUCUGGAGCUCCCAGACCAGCUAUCACCUGGCAGAAAGGUGAACGGAUCCUGGCCAGUGGCUCAGUACAGCUUCCUCGUUUUACAUUGCUAGUCGGAAGCCUCCUCAUCAGCCCUUCACGGAUCUCGGAUGCUGGCAGCUACACUUGCCUGGCUACUAACUCGCGUGGAGUUGAUGAAGCCUCUGCAGAGCUUAUUGUCUGGGCGCGGACUCGUAUCACCAGCCCACCUCAGGAUCAAAGCGUCAUCAAAGGCACUAAGGCUUCAAUGACCUGUGGGGUAAGGCAUGACCCCAACGUGCUCGUUCGGUACAUGUGGGAGAAGGAUGGCACCAUUGUGACCCAAGAGAACAUGCCCCGCAUGCGUCUGGAUACCACUGGCACUUUGCACAUUGCCCAGACCUGGUCAGGGGACAUUGGCACCUAUACAUGUCAUGUGAUAUCUGAUGGGGGCAAUGACUCUCACAGUGCCCACCUGCGAGUCCGGGCGCUCCCACAUGCACCUGAAAACCCCAUUGCCAGGCUAAGUGCCAUAGAGAAACCCAUCAACCUGACGUGGACCAAGCCCUUUGAUGGAAAUAGCCCAUUGCUGCGUUACAUCCUCGAGGUCUCCGAAAACAAUGCUCCCUGGACCAUUCUUAUGGCCAGUGUGGAUCCUGAAGUAAAUUCAGUGCUGGUGAGAGGAUUAGUUCCUGCCCGCUCAUACCAGUUCCGCCUUUGUGCUGUUAAUGAUGUGGGCAAAGGCCAGUUCAGCAAGGACACCGAGAGGUUGUCGCUUCCUGAGGAACCCCCCACAGCACCCCCACAAAAUGUCAUUGCCAGUGGCCGCACAAACCAGUCUAUCAUGAUCCAGUGGCAGCCACCACCCGAAAACCACCAGAAUGGCAUUCUCAAGGGCUACAUCAUUAGAUUUUGCCUGGCUGGUCUGCCAGUUGGCUACCAGUUCAGGAACAUUAGUAAUGCUGACGUCAACAAUCUGCUGCUUGAAGACCUAAUCAUUUGGACUAAUUAUGAAAUUGAAGUGGCUGCCUACAACAGUGCUGGAUUGGGUGUCUACAGUGCCAAAGUCACAGAAUGGACUCUCCAGGGUGUUCCCACGGUGUCUCCGGGUAAUGUCCAGGCUGAGGCCACCAAUUCUACCACCAUUCGUUUCACCUGGAACCCUCCAAGUCCCCAGUUUGUCAAUGGCAUCAACCAGGGCUACAAGCUGAUUGCCUGGGAACCAGUACAAGAAGAAGAUAUGACUGUGGUGACAGUACGGCCUAACUUCCAAGACAAUAUCCAUGUUGGUUACAUCUCAGGUCUCAAGAAAUUCACAGAAUAUUUCACCUCAGUCCUGUGUUUCACUACUCCAGGCGAUGGACCCCGCAGCCCACCACAGCUGGUGCGCACCCAUGAGGACGUUCCGGGUCCAGUGGGACAUCUCAGCUUCAAUGAGAUCUUAGACACAUCUUUGAAGGUUAGCUGGCAAGAGCCCUUGGAAAAGAAUGGCAUUUUAACAGGCUACCGAAUCUCCUGGGAGGAAUACAACCGCACAAACACCCGCGUCACACACUACCUCCCCAACGUCACCCUGGAGUAUCGUGUUACUGGCCUCACUGCCUUGACCACCUAUACUAUUGAAGUGGCAGCCAUGACAUCCAAGGGACAAGGACUGGUUUCUUCCUCUACCAUUUCUUCUGGGGUUCCCCCAGAGCUCCCUGGGGCUCCAACUAAUUUGGGCAUCUCCAACAUUGGUCCCCGUUCAGUCACACUUCAAUUUCGCCCUGGUUAUGAUGGAAAGACUUCUAUUUCCAGGUGGCAGGUAGAGGUUCAGAUGGGUCAGACAGGAGAGAGUGAAGAGUGGAUGCUCAUCCACCAGCUUUCUAAUGAACCAGAAGCUCGGUCCAUGGAGGUGCCGAAUCUCAAUCCCUACACAUAUUAUAGUUUCCGGAUGCGACAAGUGAACAUCGUGGGGACAAGUCCACCCAGCCUGUCUUCCCGCAGGAUCCAGACAUUGCAGGCUCCACCUGAUGUAUCUCCUGCCAAUAUUACAGUACGAACAGCCAGUGAAACCAGCCUCUGGCUACGAUGGAUGCCACUGCCAGAGAGCGAAUACAAUGGCAGCCCUGAGUCGGUGGGCUACCGGUUGCGCUACUCACGCCUUGAUGGGCGCAGCCACACCCUGACCAACACUAUCCAUGACCGUGUGGAACGCGAGUUCACCAUUGAGGACUUGGAGGAAUGGACCGAGUACCGUAUACAGGUCCAGGCCUUCAAUGCUGUUGGGCCUGGGCCAUGGAGUCAGACUGUGGUGGGGCGAACCCGGGAGUCAGUGCCUUCAUCUGGACCCACCAACAUUUCAGCACUAGCUACCACAUCUACCUCUAUGCUAGUGCGGUGGAAUGACAUCCCUGAAGCGGAUCGAAAUGGAUUUAUCCUAGGCUACAAGAUCAUGUAUAAGGAAAAGGAUUCAGAUUCCAGGGCCCAGUUCUGGUUCGUGGAAGGCAAUGCCUCUCGGAGUGCCCAGCUCAUAGGUUUGGGAAAAUAUGUCCUUUAUGAGAUCCGGGUGCUUGCUUUCACCCGCAUUGGUGAUGGUGUGCCCAGCAAUCCACCUAUACUCGAGCGCACACUGGAUGAUGUGCCGGGGCCACCGGUGGGCAUUCUCUUCCCUGAAGUGAGAAUAACUUCUGUACGGCUAAUCUGGCAGCCUCCUGCUGCUCCCAAUGGUAUCAUUCUAGCGUACCAGAUCACUCACCGCCUCAACACUACCACUGCCAAUUCAGCCAAUGUAGAAGUCCUCAGCCCCAGCGCCCGCCAGUUUACUGCUACCAACCUCCGACCUGAGUCCACCUAUCUCUUCCGUAUCACAGCGCAGACCCGAAAGGGCUGGGGUGAAGCUGCAGAGGCCUUAGUAGUUACUACCGAAAAAAGAGACCGUCCCCAACCACCCAGCAAGCCCAUUGUGUUGCAGGAAGAUGUCAAGGCCAGGAAUGUGCUGCUGUCCUGGGAGCCAGGCAGUGAUGGGCUCUCACCUGUCCGAUACUACACUGUGCAAACACGGGAACUCCCCGACGGGAAAUGGAUGCUGCAUUCUGCAUCGGUGAAGCACAACACCACAUCCUUCAUUGUGAGCAGAUUGAAGCCAUUCACCACCUACAAAUUCCGUGUCAAGGCAACCAAUGACAUCGGUGAUAGUGAAUACAGUGAAGAGUCAGAAUCACUCACCACACUGCAGGCUGCGCCAGACGAACCUCCCACCAUUUUGUCAGUGACACCACACACCACUACAUCCGUGUUGAUCCGCUGGCAGGCCCCAUCUGAGGACAAAAUCAAUGGCAUCCUGCUAGGUUUCCGCAUCCGAUAUCGGGAGCUGCCAUACGAAGGGGUACGAGGCUUUAUUGCCCGUAGCAUGGGCAGUCCCAAUGCCAGAUGGACAGAGUUGACCCCAACAUAUGCCAUGCAGAACCUGAGCGAGGCCUCCCUGACCCAAUACGAGCUGGACAAUCUGAACAAACACCGUCGCUACGAGAUCCGCAUGAGUGUCUACAAUGCUGUGGGGGAAGGGCCCACCAGUUCCCCCCAAGAGGUCUUUGUCGGCGAGGCUGUCCCUACAGCUGCACCCCAGAAUGUAGUCAUCCAAACCAUCACCGCUACCCAACUCGACAUUACUUGGGAGCCACCGCCUCCUGAGACACAGAACGGAGACAUUCAAGGCUACAAGAUUUAUUUCUGGGAAGCUCAGCGGCAGAAUGAAACUGAAAGGGUGAAAACACUCUUCUUACCAGAGAGUGGUGUCAAACUGAAGAACCUGACUGGCUACACUUCCUACCUCAUCUCCAUCCUUGCCUUCAAUGCUGCAGGUGAUGGCCCCCGCAGUAUCCCUAUCAAGGGCAGGACACAGCAAGCAGCCCCCAGUUCCCCAGGCUCUGUCAAAUUCAGUGAACUGACCACAACUUCGGUGAAUGUGUCCUGGGAGCCCCCGAUCUUCCCAAAUGGAAUCCUGGAAGGCUACCGGCUCAUUUAUGAACCCUGCAUGCCUGUGGAUGGGGUCAGCAAAAUUGUGACCGUGGACGUGAAAGGAAACAGUCCUUUGUGGUUGAAAGUCAAGGACCUGUCUGAAGGUGUCACCUACCGAUUCCGAAUUCGAGCCAAGACCUUCAUUUAUGGUCCAGAAGUAGAAGCCAACAUCACUACAGGGCCAGGGGAAGGUGCUCCAGGUCCUCCCGGUGAGCCCUUCAUCUCCAGAUAUGGUUCAGCCAUCACAAUCCACUGGUCAAGUGGUGACCCAGGAAAAGGGCCCAUCACCAGAUACGUCAUUGAAGCAAGACCUUCAGAUGAGGGGCUGUGGGACAUUCUCAUAAAGGAUAUUCCCAAAGAAGUAACUUCUUACACUUUCAGCAUGGAUAUCCUGAAGCAGGGUGUCAGCUAUGAUUUUCGAGUCAUUGCCGUCAAUGACUACGGCUAUGGGACGCCUAGCAGUCCAUCCCCUUCAGUGUCAGCUCAAAAAGCCAAUCCCUUCUAUGAAGAAUGGUGGUUUCUGGUGGUCAUUGCUUUGGUGGGACUCAUCUUCAUCCUCCUCCUAGUCUUUGUCCUUAUCAUUCGCGGGCAGAGCAAGAAAUAUGCCAAGAAAUCUGAUUCAGGGAGCAACUCCAAGUCAAAUGCACUGAGCCAUGGUGAAAUGGUCAGCCUGGAUGAGAGCAGCUUCCCUGCUCUAGAACUGAACAAUCGCCGCAUGUCAGUAAAAAAUUCCUUCUGCAGGAAGAACGGGAUAUAUACAAGAGUUUCUGUGUCUCUCCCAAGGUCCCCACCACGGCCCAGCCCAGGCUCACUGCACUACUCAGAUGAAGAUGUCACCAAGUACAAUGACCUAAUUCCAGCCGAGAGCAGCAGCCUUACCGAGAAGCCUUCAGAAAUCUCUGAUUCACAAGGAAGCGACAGUGAGUACGAAGUGGAUCAGAACCAUCAGAAAGCCCAUUCUUUUGUCAACCAUUACAUCAGCGACCCAACUUAUUACAACUCCUGGAGGCGCCAGCAGAAGGGCAUCUCCCGGGCUCAGGCCUACAGUUAUACAGAAAGUGACUCUGGGGAUCCUGACCAUUGCCCUCUGUCCAACAGCACCAGUACCCAACAAGGCAGCCUCUUCCGACCCAAACCCAGUAGGACUCCAACCCCACAAACUCCAGUCAAUCCACCUAGUCAGCAGAGCACUCUUUACCGACCACCCAGUAGCCUUGCCCCGGGGUCCAGAGCCCCUAUUGCUGGGUUUUCUUCCUUUGUUUGAUGUGUCUAAAAGAAAGAAGAAGAAAAGAAAAAAGGGGGUAACAACAAACAAGGAUGGAUUUAAUAAUAACCAUGACUUUUGGGUCCGGAAGUGUUACUUUUCAGAAGUAAUGUGAUGAUGUUGGAGACAAUCAGGCAUCUGAGUUUGAAUUCACUGACGGCUCCUGUUUCUAAUAUUGCACAGUGCUCCUCAAAGGAAUUCAUCUGUCCGCAGAUGAACAUCUGGAGCAAAAUAGGAGAUCAGCUUGUUUUUCAGGCCUAUUGUUGAAAGAAAGGUGGAAGGCAACAGGGUAAAACUGGGAGCCUCGAAGCUAAGAGGACAUUUGGUAUUAUAGUCACACCUCCCUGCAGAUCAGUUUUCUAGAAAGAGAAAAAAAAAUGUAAGUUGAUGUUUCUCAGAAUAGUUUAUCGGGGUUUGAUUUGUUUGUUUGUUUUGUUCUCCAACCAAAGCUUUCCUCGGAGGGGAACGGGUUAGGGCUCUGCGAGCUGUAAAUAGGAGCCAGUCAAAUUGCUACAGUCAAUGCUCUCUAUAUGCUAGAUGCAAGGGUGAGGCUCAAAGGACUUCUCCAUGUGAAUACGCUCCUGGUGGCUAGCAACUGGCCAAUAAGAAGACUGCGGAGACUCGCCACAGCCACGCCAGGCCACGGCAGCAGUUGCAGGGAGCUGGAACAACUUUGAAAGGCUUCCCAGACUGAUGCCUACCUUUGAAUGAACUAGAGGGGGGUUAAGUGGGAGGAGCAGCAACCACACUCGGUCCACCUUCUUCCAUUCACAGCCAGAGGCUAUGCAGAAUUUAGCUGAGCUCAACGGUGCUGACUAGACUCUGUACUGUAAUCGUUUUCUUUCUGUGCAUUUUGUGUGAUGAUGGAAGAGAGCGCAUUUGAGAACGGUUGGAGAAAAUUUUGCAGCGUUCAGAGGAAUUGUGAUACUGUCACCGGGCAACCGGUGCUCUUGGUAUAUCUCCUCUACUGAAAGUGGUCUUCCUCUCAUAUGGUGGGAGAAGUACACAUCUGCAUCCAACCAAGCCUCAAGACAUCUACCCCCCCCCCCACAUACACACAUGGUUGGAUGGUGUCUCCACCCCCCUGUGUCUUCUCAGAUCCUUCCCCCCCUCCCCCCCAUUCACUUCACUGGGCAAGGAGGAAAGAAGGAAAAGAGAGAAACCCUGGUCCAAAUCAAAUGCAAUUUGAAGAGCCAAAUACAGACAGGGCCUGUAUUGGGUACGAGAUGCAGAUGUGCGAAACCCAAUCCUGCACAGCUCCCUUUUGUAUUGGAUCACUUCAGGGAGCUGUUAUUUGGCUUCAUUGCAGUGUUUGCCCCUCUGGUUCAAAAGUAAACCUCUUUUACAGGUCCAUGGAAGUGGAAAGUUUCUCCCCAUAUUCUUUUAAGGGUUUUUUUUUU